CACGCAUGGUCCCCGUUGCAGCACAUUCAAAACAAACCAUUUCGUUCUCUGCGGGGUACUAACAACGUGUAGCACAGCCGAUCGCUUGCAAAAUGGGAAAACUUAACAAAAAGCUACCGAAACCCAAGCUGCCUUCGAAGCCCACCGACGAUAGCAGCAAAGUUAAAGGCCCUUUUCCCAUCUAUCGUACAACACCGGUGCAAUUAAACGGUCCCGAAACUACAAGCUUUAAGAUCAUAGAAAGCAAACCGAAGAAGAAGGUCAGUGCGGCGAAAACCAGCGCACCACCGGCAGAUAAACCGUCGAAAAAAGCCGCCCCAUUACCCGACGAAGAGCCCGAAGAUAAUGGAGUGAAAACAAAAAAGCUUCGCAAGCUAACCAUUUCACGUCUAUCCAAGAAGGAAAAGAAACAAUUCCGCAAGGAGGAAAUGCUGAAAAAGGUCGAGCUCACGAAGCAAGCCUUCAAGCAGGAUAAGGACCGUAAGAAACGGGAACAGACGGCUAUCACCGGCGAUUUGAAACCGUUGCUGGAUGCGCUACCCUCGCUAGAAUCGCUGUUUGAGGUAAAAUCGGCCGCAACGCUCAGGACGGGUGUGCCCAAGUACGACAAGAAGACGGAACCCAAAACGAAGAAGCAGCGCCAAACGGAACGACGAAAUCAGAGCAAGCGUGAGUUUAUGAAACGCUGCCGCACCAUGAAACGAGUAAUGAACGAUAAAGCGUUCCAAAAGGAUCCGAAAAAAAUGGUCGCUGCGCAUAUCAAGAAUGUACGCAAGGAACAGGUGGAACGGUUAAUGAAAAGUGUUUCGUGACCGGCGCUGUAGUGUAGUUGUAAGGCACUGAAAUAUAUAUAAAUUCGUUAUAAUACAAA